AUGAUGUUGACGCAUACUGAAUUUCGGUAUUUAGCUUUGAUCCUGAUGAUCAAGGCUUCGACAGAGCUGUUUUAUAAUCAACUCAAAUUUAGUCCAUGUGCAACAUGGAAUCCGAACGCGACUACUUUCGCGAACAGCGUUAUACUACGCGCUAAACCUUGGAUAUUAUCUGUUAGUACUAACAACACUCUCUUCGUUAAUCUUGGAAAUAACAAUACGGUUCUGACAUUGUUCGAAAACGGUAGUGUCAUAGCACAAAAUAUGUCACACGGCUUAAAUAGAUCUUACGGCAUUUUUUCCACGAGCAAUAAUGAGGUUUAUGUUGACAACGGCGAGUUGAAUCAUCAAGUCAAUAAAUGGAUCUUGAACAUGACGACUCGUACAAUCGUUAUGAAUGUAUCCGAUCGAUGUCUAAGCUUAUUUAUCGAUAUGAAUGAUACUCUCUAUUGCUCAAAUGUUCGGCUACAUCAAAUCGUGAAAGUCUCUCUUAGCGAUGCUCCUGAUAAUGUAUCAGUUGCAGCUGGUAAUGGUACUUCAGGAUCCACAGCUACGCAAUUGUAUACCCCUGGUGGAAUCUUUGUCGAUGAAAAUUUUAAUUUGUAUGUAGCUGAUUACGGCAACGAUCGGAUUCAACUUUUUCAAUGGAACCAACGGAAUGGAACGACAGUUGCAGGCGAUGGAGCACCUGGCACGAUCACGCUCAGUGGCCCAUCUGAUAUCAUUCUCGACGGCAAUCAAUACAUGUAUAUCACUGAGUUAUACAAUGCUCGAAUCAUUGCGUCAAGUCCCUAUGGUUUUCGAUGUCUGGUCGGAUGUACAGGCAUAAACGGUUCAGCAGCGAAUCAACUCUUUGGACCAACCAGUCUCGCUUUUGAUAGCUACGGUAAUAUUUUUGUUGCUGAUCGAGAUAAUGGUCGAAUACAAAAAUUCCUACUGAGCACAAAAUCAUGCGAAGUGUCGUACAAUCAACCACAGUUUUGUUCAUCUGCACAGUGGCGAUCUGAUGGCGUCACUUUUGCGAAUAAGAGUACAAAUGAUAGUUUGCCUCUGUCUGUUUUUGUUGAUACUAACAAUACUAUUUUUCUCACCACAAACAUACCCAAUCAAGUGGAGAUAUGGCUCGAAGGAAGCACAAGCCCGAUAGAAAACAUUUCUUUUGGUUCUUAUAUACCGCGUACUGUCUUUGCUGCCUUGAAUGGCGACACUUAUAUUGUUAAUGAUAGCUACGAAGUCCAGAAGUGGUCAUGGAAUUCAGCAAACGUCGCCAUUGCCAUGAACACCAAUGCUACUUGCUGUAGUCUUUUCAUCGACUUUAACAAUACUCUGUACUGUUCUUUGACAAUCUAUAACAUCGUUGUCAAAAAAUUCCUCAGCGAUAGUGCCAAUACGUUCUCACUCGUUGCUGGCAAUGGUUCCAUGGGUUCAGGACCCAAUACACUUAGUGGUCCUAUGGGAAUAUUCGUUGAUAUACUAUUGAAUUUAUUCGUGGCGGACUUUUCGAACAACAGAAUUCAGCACUUUCGAUAUGGUGAACUGAAUGGAACAACAUUGGCAGGAAAUGGAUCUUCGAAAACAUUCUCACUUUUCCAGCCGAUAGCAGUUCUCGUUGACGCUGAUGACUAUCUCUUCAUUUUGGAAUACUUUCAUAGUCGCAUAGUACGAGUCGGACCAGGACCCAGCGAUUACCAAUGCGUAGUUGCAUGUACACAGUCCAGUGGCUCGAAUGCUGAUCAAUUGUUACUACCCUACAGUUUUACCUUUGACAACUACGGUAAUAUCUUUGUUGCUGACUAUGGAAACUAUCGAACCAAAAUAUUCUUCUUCAUGAAAGACUCGUGUGAUGUAUCAUCAGUUUCUCAAACUACAGCAUCAUUAAUAACAUCAGAAUUGACAAAUUAUACUCAAAUGUGGAAUUCUUCCUCGUCCUUUCCCAUCAUAACAUCUUCUUGUUCAUCAUCUGCGCAGAUUGGCUCCUAUUGUAAUCAAUCUAAUCUUCCUUGUGAUGUUUUGCAACCAUGUCAAAACAAUGGUAGCUGUAUUGAUAAUAGUACCGCAUCGAACGGCUACACAUGUCAGUGUUUACCUGGUUUUGUUCAAAUAAAUUGUCAAUAUGACAGUCGACUUUGUCGGUCAGACACUUGCUUCAAUAACGGUAUAUGCAAUCAAACAUCGAAUACGACAUUUUCCUGUUUAUGUUCAGCUGGUUGGGAAGGUCAUCGUUGUCAAACAAAAAUAAACUAUUGUGCCAUUGCCACAUGCUACAACAAAGGUGUUUGUCAAGCUCUGCUACUUAAUUAUACAUGUUUAUGUCUCGGCGACAGCUAUUCGGGUCGCCAUUGUGAAAUCACUCAAAAUCGAAUUAGUCAACUUCAAACUGUUUCGAAGUCAUUUGCAUUUGCUGCCAUUGUCGCGAUGAUUACUGCGGCAUUGUUUGUUAUCAUAUUGGAUGUGUUAAAAUACGGCUUUGGCUUUGACUCAGCUGAUGCAGAACGUCGAUCACGAAAGCGAAAGAAACCUAUUUGUAUUGUAAGAUUUAUUUAUGUUAACCCACCUGUAAAUGAAACAACAGUUUGA